UGUUGCUGAAUAGUGUAGCUAACUUAAUUAUUUGGCUAUGAGAACAUGUAUUUGCUGAGCUAGGACCAUUAUUUUUUUUUAUAUAUGACAUAUAUUUGGCAUUGUUAUUCUGAAAACUGAAUAAAUGGAAACCCCUGAUGAGAGCCACUCAUACUAAAGCCACAAUCGCACCCAUAAGAGGGGGGGUCUAUGGCUAGGUAUACCAUAUACAAAGGGAGAUUACCUGAUGCGUACAGCAAACAUACAGCACAAAUGUGGAGUGAAACUAACCUAAUAAAAUCGAAAACCUACAUAAGUCAAUUACAAAAGCUAUUCUCUAAAAGUAUACAAACGUGUACUGUUAAGGCUGGGGCUACACAUUGACUUUGGUAACAGGCCUAUAACAAACACCCAGCAAAAUGAGUGAUAAGAAAUCCAGACAUGUCAUCUACAAGAAAACCUCCCGUGACAAAGCGGUGAGUGUAUACCUGGGCAAAAGAGAUUACGUUGAUCACGUGGAAUCUGUGGAUCCAGUAGAUGGAGUGGUUUUAGUUGACCCUGACCUUCUUAAGGGCAAGAAAGUGUAUGUCACUCUGACUUGUGCAUUCCGCUAUGGCCAGGAGGAUAUUGAUGUCAUUGGAUUGACCUUUCGCAAAGAUUUGUACUUUGCAAGGACCCAGGUUUAUCCUCCAGUGGAAGAUGUGAAAUCUCUCACCAAAGUCCAAGAAAGACUAAUGAAAAAGUUGGGGAACAAUGCCUAUCCCUUUCUGAUGGCGUUUCCCGAUUACUUGCCAUGCUCCGUGUGUCUUCAACCUGCUCCAUCAGAUGUGGGAAAGGCUUGUGGUGUGGAUUUUGAGAUUAAAGCAUUUUCUACAAGCAAUUUGGAAGACAGGCUUCACAAGAAAAACUCUGUACGUUUGUUGAUCCGUAAGAUCCAGUAUGCUCCUGACCAUCCAGGACCCAAGCCCCGAGCAGAGACUUCCUGGCAGUUCUUUAUGUCAGACAAGCCUUUGCACCUGACGGCCUCCCUGGCUAAAGAGGUGUAUUAUCAUGGAGAACCAAUUUCUGUGGCUGUCACUGUGACCAAUAGUUCUGAGAAGACAGUUAAAAAAAUAUCAGCAUCAGUGGAACAGGUAGCUAAUGUGGUGUUGUAUUCUAGUGACUAUUACACCAAAACUGUGGCUUUGGAUGAGUCUGAGGGUAAGGUGCCAUCUAAGGCCACCUAUAAUCACACAUUCUCCCUGCUGCCUAUCCUAGCAUACAACCGAGAAAAACGGGAAAUCGCUUUAGAUGGGAAACUGAAGCAUGAGGACACUAACCUGGCAUCUAGCACUCUGCUGAAGGAAGGUAUUGACCGCGCUGUCAUGGGAAUCCUGGUGGAUUAUAAGAUUAAGGUGACACUUACUGUCUCAGGAUUAUUGGGAGACAUGACUUCAAGUGAAGUCUCUACGGAACUUCCUUUCAUUCUUAUGCAUCCUAAGCCAGACAGUGGAGCGAGCCAGAUGACGAUAUGGUAUUUGAAGAGUUUGCACGUGACCAGCUUAAAGAUGAAUUGCAACCUGAAGAGAAGGAAGAAGAAGAAGAUGAUGAAAAAUAAAAUCUACCUUGAAUGUUGUUCCAGAUCAUACAUAGCAAAUAAGAGACCUACAUUAGGUGUUGUGAUAUUGUGUAAUAGAGCAGAUCAGGAAAUGUUGCACAUAAAUAAUUGUUUGAAAAUAACAAAUUGGAUAUUUUGACAUGACUUCCCUCCUUAGAGGCCAGCUGACAAUCUUUCUGCAUAAUAAAUUAAUCUUCAUGUUAUGAUCUGACAUUAUUUGAUGAUCUAUUGAUAGAGAAUACGGCACCCUCUGCAAGAGCGGGGGUGCACAGUAAGGGUCCCCAUCCGUUCAAUACUCAAAGAAAAGUAAAUUUUAUUCUGGCAAUCCAAAAUUAUGUGACCUUCCUCAGACCGGAUUGCUGCAGAGGAGAAGAGAAAUUAAGGAAUAAACGGUACCCGAUAACCGUGUGGUAAGUAGGGGGGUAAGGCGACUACGGUCUGAGGAAGGUCACAUAAUUUUGAAUUGCCAGAAUAAAAUUUACUUCUAUUUUUCACCGCAAGUGGAGUGCUAUGUUAUUAUUUCUUUGAUUAUUUGAUGAUCUGUUAACAUGGCCAGCCCCCCCCCCCCCAAAAAAAAACCUAUUGUUUGCCUGCUAGAUGUGGGACAGUGUUGAGAAGUGCCAUGAAGUGCUUCCAUAGCUUCACCAUUGGCCUCUGAACAGAAAAGCAAGAAAAAAACUAAUAUUAGGGAAUUCAUAGAAAGGGAAAUUUAACAUUGGCAUGUAGGGUGGGUGGUUUCAUACUGCCCCCAUAUGGGUCCCAAAACAGUAUAGUUUUAGGAACCCCUGGGUUAGAGGGAGCAUGAUACUGCUGACUACAUUACAAUCAUAUUCUAGUGCAACUUUUCUGAUUCAUUUCCAAUAAUAUGACAUCACCUAAUGAUACUUGUUUGCAUUAACCAAAUCCAUAGAUUGAGAAGAAACUACCAUUAAAAAGUCUUAAAUAUUGCCUGCAUCCUUCUGACUACACCAUGGAUUUUAUAGGGUGCGUUUUCCAAUUGUAGAUAUAAAAGGAAAGUAUUGCCCUUAAAACGUUUUAAAAUAAUUUACAAAUACAUGACCAAUUGUAGAAUGUUUAAUGUGGAGGAUUAUGUUUUACUAUAUAUGAUGGGCAAAAAUAAAAAAUCUAGCCAAUGAAACCACUACCAUCUUUAUUUUAUGGAAAUGAAAA